AUGUGCCUCUUUACCCUGACACAACACCGUGACGGACUCAAACUCAAGACCCACAGUCACUCAGGUUACAUUCACAAGGCGUAUAACAGCCCCGAGAGUCCUGUCAGAUUGUGUACCGCUGGAGCCCAACUUCCAGAAGCCACUUUCCUAAUUCUCCAACCAAGCCUUAUCGUCCGCGACGUGUCCUCGGAGCAUACAGCUGAUUUAGCAGAAUAAAUAUCGGAGAGAGCCCGGGUCGGGACUAGGGAAAACUGUCUUCUCCUCACAAGCAUAGGUUUAUUCGCCUCUUUUUUCCCCGAAGACGCUGUCAGCGAUUUCCCUCGGCAUCUCCUGGUUCACGUUUUGGAAGGGGACAGUCGUGCCUCUGCCUGCAUUCAUAUCCCGAGACCGACGGUGUGUUCCAAAGCAACGUAUUCUGUUCUGCUCUGACAAGGAACGUAUUUUCUCAUUGAACCAGACAGUGUUCAUUUCUCAGGAUCAAAACCUGAAACGAAGACGCGUCUCCGUUUUCAAUCAAAUGUCAUAAAACUGUUAUUGCGCACGAGUCAAUACUUUUCUUGCGGGGACGACGCCGACUUUUUAAUUACUUCAGACUGUAAUAUAUCAGGGGAGAAGUCCCCCACUUGAGGGCGAAAUCAGACAUUCGAGGACGGCAAGUUCGAGAGCCCAGGACCCGGGUCUUCCAUAUACAACAUGCAGAAAUGUCCGAGGAGGCAGGGUUGGAUGUGAGAGGCAGCAGCGAGGAGAGAAGCAGCCAGGCGCCCAGAGACCCAGAAAGCGAGAGGGCACCAGAGUCCACCCUGAGCGGCACCGCCAACACCCCGACUACCACCUCUACCAGCAGCAUCACCUCCAACCAGCACCACAACAACAGCGCUAGCCCCACAGCCGUCUCCAGCAGUAGCAGUAGCGGUGGCUCCAGUGGUGCCAUAGGUGUUAGCAUAGUUAGCCGCAGCGCUAAGGGAGCAGAGGGGAGGUCCUCCAUGCAGUUCAGCACCAGACCUCCCAGUGCUGAGCCUGGCUUCAUGGGGACAUGGCAGCAACAGAGCACUGACCAGAGCAACCUCCUCUUCAGAAUGUCCCAGCAGGCCAUUCGCUGCACUCUGGUGAACUGCACCUGUGAGUGUUUCCAGCCAGGAAAGAUCCACCUGCGUACAUGUGACCAGUGCAAGCACGGCUGGGUGGCUCACGCACUGGACAAGCUGAGCACGCAGCACCUGUACCACCCCACCCAGGUGGAGAUAGUUCAGUCCAACGUGGUGUUUGACAUCAGCAGCCUGAUGCUGUACGGGACCCAGGCGGUGCCGGUCAGACUGAAGAUCCUGCUGGACCGUUUGUUCAGUGUUCUGAAGCAGGAGGAGGUGCUCCACAUACUGCACGGCCUGGGCUGGACCCUGAGGGACUAUGUCAGGGGUUACAUACUGCAGGAUGCUGCGGGCAAGGUGCUGGACCGCUGGUCCAUUAUGUCUCGGGAAGAGGAGAUCAUCACCCUGCAGCAGUUCCUUCGUUUCGGAGAGACCAAGUCCAUCGUGGAGCUGAUGGCCAUCCAGGAGAAGGAGGGUCAGGCGGUCACCGUGCCCUCCUCCAAGACCGACUCAGGCAUCCGGACGUUCAUCGAGAGCAACAGCACGGGACGCGGUCGAAGCCCAGGCCUCCUCAACCACAUGGAGACCAGCAGCCCGUCCAGCAUCCACCACUUUGAGAACAUCCCUAACAGUCUCGCCUUCCUGCUGCCGUUCCAGUACAUCAACCCUGUGUCGGCCCCCAUGCUGGGCCUGCCCCCCAAUGGCCUGGCACUGGAGCAGUCGGGCCUCCGGAGCCUCCACGACCGGGAUCGUGAGGCCAGCCUACCCAACCAGGGCGAGCCGGUGGAGAGCAGCGAGUCCGAAGUAUCCCUCAGCCCUUUCCGCAGCAGCGGUCAGAGCCCCAGCCGCAUCGGAGCCCUGGGGGGCAUGAACAACGCCAUCGAGCCCAAACAGGAGCCCAACAACCGGGCAUCACCUAUCUCGCCCACUCCUUCCAACCAGCCGUCCCAGCAGCAGACGGAACAGCAGCAGCAAGGCCAGCAGCAGCAAGGCCAGGGGCAACCCGGGACCCCACGGCCUAGGUCCAACUCCCUCAACGACCACCAGGCCCACCACCACUUUGUGAAGAGCGAGCAGUCCAAGAGCAUUACCCACUCAUCCUUCUCCUCCAAGAUGCACCGCAUGCGCCGCAUGGGAGCCACCUCACGCAAGGGCCGUGUGUGCUGCAACUCGUGCGGCAAGACCUUCUACGACAAAGGUACGCUGAAGAUCCACUACAACGCCGUACACCUCAAGAUCAAACACCGCUGCACCAUCGAGGGCUGCAACAUGGUGUUCAGCUCGCUGCGCAGCCGCAACCGCCACAGCGCCAAUCCCAACCCACGCCUGCACAUGCCAAUGCUGAGGAACAACCGCGACAAGGACCUCAUCCGUGGGUCGGGCCCCGGCACGCCCGUCAUCUCCAGCGCCAAGAGCGGCUUCACCCUCACCAGUCCCGGACGGCCGCCUCUGGGCUUCGCCACCCCACCCCUGGACCCCAUGCUCCAGUCACCCCUGCAGAGCCCACUGGUCUUCCCCUCCCUGAAGUCGGUGCAGCCCAUCCAGCCGGUGCCCCCUUUCUACCGUACGCUGCUGUCCCCACAGCACCUGGUCAGUCCUCCAGUGUCACUGCCCACCAGCCCCAUCCUGCCCUCCACCACCAACAGCACCUCUCUGAUGGACCAGCAGCAUCAGCUCCUGGCUGCCGCCGCAGCCGCAGCCUCCCACAACGCCCACAAUAUGUCUUCUGAAGGUGGGCUAAUGUCCCACCACAGGCUGCCCACCCCCAGUAUCCCCCAGCAGGAUCCAGCUGCUGCCACCAACACGGACCCCACCCCCAAGAAGAAGCCCCGUAAGUCCAGCAUGCCGGUGAAGAUCGAGAAGGAGGUGAUUGACGUGGCGGACGAGUACGAUGAGGACAAAGACGACGAGGAUGACGACAGCUGUCACCACCACCACCACCACCACCACCCCUCCUCCCACCUCCACCACAACAACAUCAAUGGAAACCGCAACAACAACAACAACAACAGCAGAGGAGGGAACAACAACGGCCACCACAGUGGCGGCAGCGGGCACCAGUCCCCCUCCCAGGAUGAGAUGAGCCCAGGCCUGAUGAGGGGACACCUGAUGAGGCACGACCAGGACGACUGCCGGGGGGAGGGACCCGGAGGCGAGGGCGGCAGGGGCGAGAGAGGAGGCCCAGGCGGUGAGCUCCGCUGCAUGGACAGCUUCACCUCCGAGGACCAGGACCACGAGAGAGACUUUGAGAACGAUUCUGAGACUUCGGACUCCAAGAUGUUCUACCGCGAGGAGAUGAUGGAGGUGGAGGAGCAGCACCAGAGGCUGAGGCUCAACUCCUCCAGGAGCUCCAGAGUAGGAGGAGGCAACAACCUGGAAAAGGACCAGGAGGACCUGGAGGCCAGAGAUGAGGAGGCACAGCUGAGGAAGGAGAUGGAAGACCCCAAGAGCCGCUCCUCACCCUCACCCCACCAGCCCGCCAUCAAGAUUAAGGAGGAGCUCAACGACCCCACCUACGACAUGUUCUGCAUGAGCCAGUACGGCCUCUACAACGGGGGCAUGGCGGCUGCCGCAGCCGCCGCCGCCAGCAUGGCUGCCCUGCACGAGAGCUUCAUCUCCUCCAUGAGCUACGGCGCCAGCCCGCCCAAGUUCCCCUCCUCGCACUCCCCCGAGGGAGAACUGUGCACCAGCCCCAACUCCAACGACCCCAAGAUCUGCUAUGUGUGCAAGAAGAGCUUCAAGAGCUCCUACAGUGUCAAACUGCACUACAAGAACGUGCACCUCAAAGAAAUGCACGUGUGCACCGUGUCCGGCUGCAACGCCGCCUUCCCCUCCCGACGGAGCAGAGACAGGCACAGCUCCAACAUCAACCUGCAUCGCAAACUGCUUACCAAAGAGCUGGACGACAUUGUCCUGGACCCCCAACUCACGCCGCUGCCCAAGGACCUGCGCGCCGAGUUCCUGGCUAAGAUCUACGCCGGGCACCACUUGGGCCUGGACGCCAUGGCAGGGGCGGGCAUUGGCGGCGCCAGCCUGGGGGGAGGAGGGCUGAACCGUGACGCCAGCUCCCCGGCAGGCACCGAUUACCCCCACCACCACCCCCUAAACCAUCACCACCACCACCACCCCCUCACCAACGGCUUCUACCACCGCAGUGGCCCCCCAGACGACUACAUGGUGCUGGACCUGAGCACCGCGUCCAGCAUUCAGUCCAGCGGGUCAGUCCAUUCAUCACGCCAGUCGGACGAGGGCAGCGACGAGGGCAUCCUAUUGGAUGACCUGGAGGAGGGGGUGGAGGAGGGAGGGGUCAGCGACGGGGAGGACUGCUCCCAACAUGCCCCGGGGCAGGCAGGGGCCGGGAGGCGGCGGGACCAGGUCUGCGAGGGAGGAGUCGGAGGAAGAUCGGAAGAAGGUCUGACCGGCGCCGACCCCUCCUCCUCGCCGACCGUCCUGUCUUCCACCGGUGGCAGUGGUGGGAUCCUGUGCAGCAUCUGCCACAAAGUGUACAGCAACAAAGGGACCCUACGCGUGCACUACAAGACUGUGCACCUGCGCGAGAUGCACAAGUGCAAAGUGGCCGGCUGCAACAUGAUGUUCUCCUCGGUGCGCAGCCGCAACCGCCACUCUCAGAACCCCAACCUCCACAAAAACAACGUGCCCUUCACCACCAUGGUAGACUAGCCCAACCCCCUGGCCCUCGUCUGGCCAACUCUACCCCCUUCCUCGACUCCCUUCUCACCCCAAACCAUGAGCUCUUACCCCCAGGAACUACACCUUACCACCCCUAGACGUCAUGCACCACAAUUCUCUUUCCCUUCGAUGAGAUCCAGUGACUAUAUACAGUAAGCGUUGACUUUUGACCUUUCCUUCUUUGGAAGAACGAGGAUGAGACACUUGAAGUGUCUUUAUUCCAAAAACUGGCCCUGCCGGUUUCCCAUAAACCCCAUUUCCUAUUUCCCAUAUGUUUUUGUCCAUCUCCAAAGAAUCUAUUCAAACUCUUAUUUGUGACUGUUGCCUGCAGAAAUGGUAAAAAUAUAAAUCUUCUUGUUGUAUUUGUGUAAUGAUAGCUUUUAAAGGAAACCCCAUACAAGAGCAUGACUGCUUCAUUUGUAAAUAAUAUGUCCCAAGAGGCUAUUGGUGUAAAACAAUUGUAUUUGAUGGUUGUUAGCUAUUUCUUUGGUUUUUAUGUCACAGUACAAUACUUCCAGCGCUAAGGUAGGCAAGAAAGAGGUAGCAUCUUUACUAGCUUGACUCAUUUAUGGUAGUUUAAAAACCAGUUUUAAACUGAGAAGGAGAAGAACUAAUGAUCAUGUGACUUGUUGUAUCUACCUGUUAGAUAUGCGGAGGUUGCUGGCAUGCUUUUUUUGUGUGGCUCCUACACCAAUAUCAUUCUCUGUUCUUUUGUUUUUGUUAUCAUUUAUAGCUUUUACUAUACCAAGUCAGUUUUUCGCACUUUGCAACUAUACAAGCGGGAUGUGUAAUAUUAUUACAAGGACUUUGCAAUGGUUUUGGUUUCCGCGAUGUUCGGGGUCUGAGACGGCCACAGUGCCAAGGGGAAAUGACUUGUGGCAGGUUUAUUUUUAUUUUUUUGCACGUGUUCAGUUUCAAAAACGCUAUUUCACAACAAAAGACCCAUAUUUCUCCUGAACGAAACCAAACAUCCGGCCCCUUUACUCAAAUAAUCGUAUUCAGAAAAAGUCUAAAUAUUUCUGCUCUACCAGAUACAGUAACGUGACUGACUACAAUACAGCUGCUGUUUUUCAAGGCAGAAGAUUUAAGUAUUGAGGAAUUUAGUUUGUGUUAUUUUCAUUUCAAGGAGUGUAAACCCAGUGUGUGACUGUAAUAUCACAGUACUUAGCUACAGAGGUUGAAGUAGGCUAAUCUUUCUACUGCAUGUGGUAUUUGUGACCUAAAACAAGCGUUGGUUGAGUGUCCUAUUAUUUUAUACACGUUUCCAUGCAGAAAAUGGCCAUCCUAUCAGAAGUAUUGUGAAUGUCACAUUGAUUAUAAAACAAAGAAAUAGUCCCUAAACUGUGACCAAAAGAAGCAUUGGUUUUUAAAACAUCUAUAAUUUUCUGCCAUACAGUUGUACUUUAACUUACAUAAGUUGAUAUGAUGCACUUGAGUCUUAAGCCUUUUGCUAUAUUUUUUCAGUAUUGAUUUCCAUUGCUGAUUGUCAGCUUCAAAGGUGAACUCUGUGAAACUCUGUCGCCAUUGCCUGGCUGUUUUCGGAGUUAUUUGCAGCCAUUUUCCUUGUUUCCAUACACAUCUUAAGGUACAAAUGUUUCAGAUAACUAGGCAAAGUAGCCAGGGGAAGGGGUAUUUAUUGGCGGGUGAUGUCAUCUUGAUGCAGAUGUCUUGUCCAAUAUCAAUUCCUUUUUUUUUUCAAGAAAAGAAAAAAGAAAGACAGAUCGGUCUUCAUUUUGAGUCUGUGCCCUUGAGUUGAUGGUUAUUAUUGUGUUUUUGUCGUGUUACUAUGGAUGUGAAAAAAUUGAGAGCUCCUCUUUCUUGAUUGGUGCUUAUCUAAAGGGGAUACAAACGCACAGUGUUACGCGGUAUACAGUAUUCAAACCUCCGUUAUAUCCAUGAAAGUGUUGGACAGUUUUUUUUUUUAUGACUAUUUUGCAAUGGGCAUGAUGGACCCUUUGAUGGGCACGUUGGUGUAAACUCUUAAGACUUAGCUUCUCCUCUCUCUACCAACCUCCACGACACUGGCAGCAGGCUUCACCCCUCUCCUCUCUCUACCAACCUCCACGACACUGGCAGCAGGCUUCACCCCUCUCCUCUCUCUACCAACCUCCACGACACUGGCAGCAGGCUUCACCCCUCUCCUCUCUCUACCAACCUCCACGACACUGGCAACAGGCUUCACCCCUCUCCUCUCUCUACCAACCUCCACAACACUGGCAGCAGGCUUCACCCCUCUCCUCUCUCUACCAACCUCCACGACACUGGCAGCAGGCUUCACCCCUCUCCUCUCUCUACCAACCUCCACGACACUGGCAGCAGGCUUCACCCCUCUCCUCUCUGAAGAGAGAGAGAAAGAGCUGAGUGAAAGGGGUUGCGGAGGUGGAGGGCUGACUUGAGAGGAAGAAGGGAUGACAGUGAGUAUCAUUAAAAAUGUGCUGUUCCACAGUUACCUGGAGGCCUUCUGACGCUGAUCUGUCUAAUAACUCACUUGUCACUUCAUUACACCGCCAGACGUGAAUGUUGCUGACAGGACUGUGACGGCGACAGAGAAUCAAACCGGUCUCUCUCUCUCCCUGAGAGAAACCACCCCCGCCCCCCUCUUCCCCCUCAACCCACUACUCACCCCCCUCCCCGGGUCCUUUAGGGACACCGACUAAUAGUGUACUCUUAAGUUCACAAAAUGGCCAUCGCCGUAGAAAAAGGAUGUGUAAUUGCCUGUUUAUCCCAGGUGAAGGAAAAACUUUGUACAGGAACCUUCGGCAACACCCUGGAGUGGCACUGAGGCGCAGCCUGCCUCAUUUGCUCAGUGCACCGUACUGCACCUUACCGCCACGGGCCCAGCCGGAGAAGUACAGAAGUGUCACUCCAGGAACCCUGCUGACAGCUGUCUCUCUUUCUCUCACACACACACACACACACACACACACACACACACACACACACACACUCUCUCUCUCUCUCUUCCUGCUAACAGGCCAGUGGGAUGACAGCAACAAGAGGACUCUGGUGAUGGGCGGGAAACAAGGACACCCCGAGGCAGAGAGGGGGAAAAGAGAGAGAGCGAGCUCAUCCACGGUCCAUCACUCUAUGUAAUAAAGCAGUCAGUCCAACGUUAGCAUACAGCCUUGUCACUGCAGGGCACGCUAGUGUUUCAUUAUGGAGAACAGUGGAAUGUAGCAUUGAGUUGGACCGCAAUGGACUGCCAUGGAAUGCACUGAGAGAGAAGGUGGAAAGGGGAAACCUAGUCAGUUGUCCAACUGAGCGUAUUCAAGUUGUGCGGAAGUAUUCAAGGUGCGGAAGCCCCUCUUUGAAGGUGUUUGAUGGCUUACGAUGAAUACCGUGGAUAUUAAAGAACUGGGAGAAUGCUUGGGAAGUCUGGUUUGGAAUCAACACGCAUUCUAUUGAGGAACGCGAGACGGUAACAAGCUAAGAGUAGUCUUAACUAACGCUGCUGUAGCCAGUGACCUUCGCCUGCGCGGUUAAACCUCACAACCUGAUCUGAUGAGAAAGACAGCAGAACCCAAAAGCUUAAACAUUCCUCUUGUCCUAUUCAAUGUUGUAGACCUCUCAAGCAGCUAGAGAGCUCAAUCAGUGACCUGUGUGUUAGUGUGUGUAUGUUAGUGUGUAUGUAUGUUAGUUUGUGUGUAUGUUAGUGUGUAUGUUAGUGUGUGUGUGUAUGUUAGUGUGUGUGUUAGUGUGUGUGUUAGCGUGUGUGUUAGUGUGUAUGUUAGUGUGUGUGUGUUAGUGUGUGUGUGUUAGUGUGUGUGUGUGUUAGUGUGUGUGUGUUAGUGUGUAUGUGUUAGUGUGUAUGUUAGUGUGUAUGUUAGUGUGUAUGUUAGUGUGUGUGUUAGUGUGUGUGUUAGUGUGCCAGAGAGAGAUUAAAUUCCCUUACACUGACUCCUCAUCUCUAGCCCCUCUGUCUCUUACUCGAUGGCCAUGCCAGCACGCCACAGCUCCUAGAGAGAGCUUGCAAAUGAGCUGAGAAAACUGCCCUGACACGGAACAGACUGUCCAGAACAGAAUAGCCAGACUAGAGGAUAGGGAGAGAGAAAGGAGAGCAGAGGGACCGGUCUGAGAACGAAAGCGGUCUGGCAGGGACCUGCGGCAGUCACUUAACAAGGCAGGAGAGAUGGAGAGAAGCAGAGAGAGCGAGAAAGCCGUGCCAGCCUUCUUGACUGUCUGGCUGGAAAGUGAUGGAGCCCCCUGACCUUUCCACUCUUCUCCCUCUCCUCCUUCACGGGAGACAUUACAGUACAUUUUCUCCUCUCUCCUUUGAGAGGGCCUGACCCCUCAAUCUCCCUCCCUCCCUCUUUCUUACCAUCUUUAGCCCACUAGGAUCCAGGACAGAGCCCAGUUGUCAGGCCGAUGGGACCAUUACUGUCCUGGCUCGGUCCCCAGGAGGAGAAGGCCUCUUAAAACCCUCACUGGCCAGCUUGAGUGGAGUGAACCUUUAAUAUUUCAUUAGGGGACUCUUGACUGCCAAAUGCCAGUUUCCCCACAACACACCAUCACUGAAAGAGAGAGAGAGCGAUGGAGAGAGGGAAUGAGAGAGAUGACAAUGGAGCAGGUGGGGUUGUCUAGUGAUCCGUUAUGGAUCGUAUACCUCUGUCCACUUUGUUUAAGUCUGUGGAGAGCAGGGUAGGACGUUGACCCAGUGUAAGUGGAGGGGGAUGUUUGCGAAAAUACAUGUGGCAAGGCUCAAAAGACACAUGGGCAGAUUGGUGGUUUUACAGAUGAUACGCUGUGGUCCAACAUUACCCUCGGAACUUGGUAACAGCAAUUCUACAGUAAAUGAUCCUGGAACAAAUAAAAAACAUGCAGAAAAUGUGCUUUUUACCCAUUUGGCAAAAGAACAUCUUUACAAUCCUUAACAUUAUAGCAAGUCACCCCAAACUAUUUACCAACAUGCCAAUCUUACUUUUUUAUAUAUAAAUCAUCCCAAAAAGACUGUGUACAUUUUCUUUUCCACAGUGAUGUUUUUGUGUAGCUGUCUGGUUCUCUUUGUGCUAAACGGCUGUGUUUCCGCCCUGCAACCAGAGGCCUGCAUCUCAAUCAACUCUUAUUUUCACUGCCUGGCAGAGCAGCAUUGCUACAGAGUCACACUGCAAACUGCAGCAUCUACAACAGGGGAAGCUUGCAUCACUCUUGGUUUCAUAAUGGUGACAUUGGCAGCUUCAUGAAUACUGUAUGUCUCCUAAACAGGUUUUUCCCAUUAGCAGACUGGAGGAGAAAACAAGGUCCUCUUUCUUAAUUGAUUUUGUUUUGUUGCUUUCCUUGUGUUUUUCUGUAUCAUAACGGUCUAUAUGGUUUUUGCAUAAAAUGCAUAUGGGUUUUGGGAUGUAAAUGGAAUUUUAUUCAUAUUUUGUCCAAAUACCUCUUGUAAUUUGUAUCAGAAUUCUUGUACAAUUUUUAUAUUAAAGAUUUAUCAGUCACUGGCAAUCUGACGCCACGUU